UCCACAGUUUUGCAAUUUUAGUCAAAUAAUGAUCAUGACCAACAUAGCUGACGACUGCGGGCCGGCUGGCUCCUCAUCGCGGAAACUGAUCUUCAGUGGACUAAUUUUUGGAGUCUUCUGCAUUUUCCACGCGCUUGUAUUGCGCGAGUCAAUAUCCAGGUUCGAGUCAGACGCACGAGACCUCGUUUACGAGCAAGCUAUGGCGUAUAUAACCGCAAACGUGCCUUCAGAAGUGGCAAAGUGGUACACAUACUUCCCAAAAGAAACUGCUCACAUUAAUGAGCUUGAUCAGGACGAGGAUGAGCUCAUCCAACACGUGCGAGAGAGACUUUUAGUCCCUCCGAACAACAAUAACCCAGAAUACUAUCUGGACAGACCAAACGUCACCGACCCCUCGGAAGGACUCGCGCAGACUGUGAGUGGACUUCUUGGAAAUAUGACGAAAGGCUUUUUCAUAGAGGCGGGUGCUCUGGACGGAGAAGUGAUGUCCAGCACCUUGCUACUCGAAAGGUACAACGAGUGGACCGGUAUUCUGAUUGAGCCUGAUCCGCUCAACUUCCUCGACCUGCUAGGCAAAAACCGCAGAUCGUGGCUCGCACCCGUGUGUCUCAGUUUUCUACAGAAGCCGAUUAUGGUUUCGUUCGAGCAGAAGCUGAGUCUUGGUCGCAUCCAGGGUGCCCCAGGGGCACGUAGGCCCGGUUUGGUUGACGUCCAGUGCGUGCCCUUGUUUAGCCUUCUCGCGGCAUUAAACAGAACCAACGUGGAUUUCCUCAGUUUAGACGUCGAGGGUAGCGAACUAGAUGUACUCAGGACCAUUCCUUUUGGCCAAAUAGAUAUCACGGUGGUUUCGGUCGAGUUCAACAAGAUCGUUGAAGGCCGGCAAGCGCUGAAGGACUUCAUGAAGAGAAAAGGUUACAAAACACUGGAAGGAAGUGAGAAAACGUCUUGGGGAAAACAAAAUUAUAUUUUUGUUAAAGAAAAAUGAUAAUUUCCGAACUGCGAAUAUUUGUUAUUUUACUUCACAAGUUUAAUUAUUGUUGAUCGGUUUCCAUUGCAUGAGAGCAAAUAGCCAAUAAUUGCUUGUGUACAGCAGCUGAAAUAUUAUGUUUAUUAAAAUAAUUGGUAUAUUAUCUCACA